AUGCCUAAGAAAUCAAAAGCUCUUGUACAAGAGAAAAAACCGACUGAAGGAGUAAAAUGGUCCUUUGCUGCUGGGACAAACUUAUUACCAAAUUUUGGUGCAAAGAUCGAAAGGGAAUCCAAACUUCGACUCAAUGAUUUCUCCAAAGAACUUAGGUCAUUCAGCAUUGUUGACAUAUCAGGUCGCAACUUUGGAGAUGAAGGAUUAUCCUUCCUUGCAGAGAGCUUAGCUUAUAACCAGGUUGCUGAAGAAAUAAACUUUGCUGAUAAUGGAAUAACUGCUGAAGGAAUUAAAGCUUUUGAUGGUAUUUUACGAUCAAACAUUUCUCUAAAGGUUCUUAACUUAUCAGGAAACAAUAUUGGGGAUGAAGGAGCUAAGGUUUUAUGUGAUAUACUGGUGGAUAAUAGUGGUAUUCAGAAGCUCCAGCUAAAUAGUACUAAUAUAGGUGAUGAGGGAUUCUCAGGUCUUGUUGAAGCACUUCUUGAAAAUAAAUCGUUGAGUAGUUUAUAUCUAAAAGGACCCCAACCGGACGAAGCAACCUCAGGGCCCUUUUGUCCACCUGACUGA